AGCACGCACGCACGAACGCACACGGGGAGCGGACUGAUGUCCUUUUACGCCUAUUAUUUGUCUUCACCCCAAAAACGUCACACACGCACAAGACAGUGGAAGCUCCUCUGCCUUGCUAUGGAACCUGUUGUCAUUCGGCGAGCGUGGAAUAUUUGAACCUCGCCACAAGUGGCCCUCACUCCACGGCUUCUUUUGACCACUCAGGACAUUUUGUCGGGAUGCUCCCUGGGAGAUUUUUAGGAUAAAAAGCUGUUUCGCAGCUGCCUUUGCCUGCCUGGGGAAUGCGUGCGUAAAAAAUAAAUAAAAAAAAAAGGGCAUGCCGGAAGAUGUUGAGGCGAACAGGUUGGUUCUGAAAACUUAAGGAGGAUGCUUCCACACGCUGUGCGCGUGAAUAUUCAGAUGCCCAGAUGAUUCGCUGCGCGGUGUCGGCGGAACCCAGCAGGUGGUACUGACAGCAGCUAGUUGAUGGCACUGCGCACCGGGAGGACUUGGUUCGGACGGGUGUUGCGCAGGGUCUCGCGGCUGCAGGGCUCCUGGUCCAGACGCUCCAGCAGUCUUUUGUGUCUCUCCACCAACCAGGAGCACGAUCCGGGCUUCUCGUACCGCUGCCCCAGCCCCGCAGGCGCCCACCUCGGCCACCGUCAUCGGAGCGCGCCCCUCCGCGCGUCCACCGCCGCCUCCAGGCGCAGCGCAUUCGGCUUCUUCCCUUCUCGUCGCACCAUCCCGGGGAACACGAGGGGACAUGAGCCCCUCACUCGCCGGCUCCUCGUGGCCAUGAAGCGGCAAAACGUGCGGACCUUAUCCCUGAUCAUUUGCACGCUCACCUACCUCCUGGUGGGGGCCGCCGUCUUCGACGCCCUGGAGUCCGAUUUCGAGAUGAGGGAGAAGGAGCAGCUGGAAGCCGAGGAGCGGCGCCUCCAGGGGAAGUACAACAUCAGCGAGGACGACUACCGCAAGCUGGAGACUAUCAUCAUGGAGGCCGAGCCCCACAGAGCCGGGGUGCAGUGGAAAUUCGCCGGCUCCUUUUACUUUGCCAUCACGGUCAUCACCACCAUAGGGUACGGGCACGCGGCGCCGGGGACGGACGCAGGCAAAGCCUUCUGCAUGUUCUACGCCGUCCUGGGCAUCCCCUUGACUCUGGUGAUGUUCCAGAGUCUGGGCGAGAGGAUGAACACGUUUGUCAAGUACCUGCUGAAGCGCAUCAAAAAGUGCUGCGGGAUGAGCAUCACCGAGGUCUCCAUGGAGAACAUGGUGACGGUGGGCUUCUUCUCCUGCAUCGGCACGCUGUGCAUCGGCGCCGCCGCCUUCUCGCACUACGAGGAUUGGAGCUUUUUUCAGUCGUACUACUACUGCUUCAUCACCUUGACCACCAUCGGCUUCGGGGACUUUGUGGCCCUGCAGAAGAACAGGGCCCUUCAGAGGAAGCCGCUCUAUGUGGCUUUCAGCUUCAUGUACAUCCUGGUGGGCCUGACGGUCAUCGGGGCCUUCCUCAACCUGGUGGUGCUGCGCUUCCUGACCAUGAACAGCGAGGACGAGCGGCGGGACGCCGAGGAGCGGGCCUCGCUGGCGGGGAACCGCAACAGCAUGAUCAUUCACAUUCAGGACGAGUCGCUGCAGCGAGGGCGGCGGCGAGGCGGGCGCGAGAACCGCCGCCCCGAGGAGAUGAGCGACUUGCACUCGGUGUGCUCCUGCAUGCGCUACCGCUCGCACGAGCUGCCCGUCCCCGGGAGGCUGAUGGGCGGACUGGGAUGUGCCUUCUCCCACCAGAACUCGCUGGGCUCGCAUCUGAACCCGGGCCACUACUAUCACUCCAUCUCCUACAAGAUCGAGGAGAUCUCGCCCAGCACGCUGAAGAACAGCUUCUACCCGUCGCCCGUCAGCUCGGUGUCGCCGGGCCUCCGCAGCUUCACCGAGAAGCUCCAUCUCAUGAGGAGGAGAAAGUCCAUCUAG